UAUUUUAACAAAUAAUGACAAACAACUUUAUAUAAGUUCUUUACUUUUACGAUAUAUUCUUCAACUUAUUAGUAAUGGACAUGCCAUUACAAAAUCAAAUAUAUUUUUAAGUAAAAAUGAUUCUUCCAUGAUUCAACAAGAUAUUGUAGCUACAGGAAUUUAUCCUUCUGCAAGUAUAAUGAAUCAUUCUUGUGACCCUAAUAUAAUUAACAUUUUUGUAAAUCAAUAUCUUAUUGUCAGAGCAUCAAGAGAUAUUUCUCAAGGUCCACACUACAGACAUAUGACAACAGAAAAUAGACAAAAAAUUUUGAAAAGCCAGUAUUGCUUCAUUUGUAAGUGUAAAGCAUGCACUCUACCAAAAUUACAAUAUUUCGUGGAAAGAUUUAAUGCAAUGAAAUGUUUAAAAUGUAAUGGUGCAUUAUGUAAUAUAAAAAAUUCUACAUAUUGUUUAGAUUGUGAUGACAAAUCUCAAAUUCCACUUUUAAAUAAAAUAAUACAAGCUAAUGAAAUUUUUCAAAUAUCUGAAGUUUAUAUUAACUUAGGUAAACCAGAAAAAGCAUUAGAUAAAUUAGAAAAAUGUUUGCAUAUUAGAAAAACAGUAUUGUAUAAAUAUAAUGAAGACAUAACAAUUACAUUAAAUCUUAUGGCAGAAAUAUAUAAAAUAAUGGGGCAAUGGAUAAAUAGUAUUAUGUGUUUGGAAAAUACACUUGCUGCAAUUAAAGAAAAAUUUGGGUCAUUCAGCAUAGAACUUCUUAAUCAAUUAAAUAAUCUUACAGAUAUGUGUUUUAAAUAUUUAGAAAAAGAAUUAAAUACUAAGAAUACAAACACACACAAGAAAAUAAUAAAAAAAACUCAAAUAUUUUUAAAUCAAAUAGAAGAAAUUACAAAUCUUAAUUAUGGUUUUUGGAGCAAUAUAUAUAAAGAUGUAAAAAAGAAACAAAAUCAAUUUCUCAAUUAUAGUACUUAUAAUUUAAAUAAAUGAAUAAAUAUACUUUAUAAAAA